CAACUUCCGUCCAAUUAAACCCCCAUUUCCACCGAACUCUUCAAUUCGUCAAUUCAGAAUCUCCGAUCAGUUCCCGUCACAAUGCUCGGCGGCUUAUACGGCGAUCUCCCACCGCCGUCGUCCUCUGGCGACGAUGACAAGCCAACCAACGCCACCACAGCUAAUGUGUGGUCCAGCAGUGCUAAGAUGGCUCCUUCAGCCCUUCGCAAACCCUUCGCCCCACCCCAAACACUUCUUCGACCUCAGCCGAAGCCCAAACCGCAGCCUUCAGCAGCUCCGAAACCUCAUCCCUCGAUUCCUCUUGACGAGAACACUAAUCCAAAUCCCACCUUCGCAACGACGUCGUUUCAACCAGCCCUGGUGGCUGUUACCAGCAGUGUAUUAGAAGAAUACGACCCGGCUCGGCCGAAUGAUUACGAAGAUUAUCGGAGGGAGAAGAAGAGGAAGCAAAUGGAGGCUGAGGUGCGGAGAGAGUUGGAAGAAAGAGAGAGAAAGGAGAGGGAAAGAGAGAGGGAGGAGAAGGAGAAGAGGGAAAAAGAGAGAGAAUUGAAUAUUUCAGGUGAGGAGGCGUGGCGGCGGAGGGCGGCAAUGAGUGGAGGAGGAGGAGGAGGAGGCAGUGCUCCCCCACGGUCGCCUUCACCACCAUCAGGAAAUGAGUUUAGUAUUGGGAGGUCAGAGAGUGGGGGUUUGGGAUUGGGAGCUGAAGGAAAGAUGACAGCUGCACAAAGGAUGAUGGCUAAGAUGGGAUGGAAGGAGGGUCAGGGACUUGGGAAGCUGGAACAAGGAAUUACAACUCCAUUGAUGGCUAAGAAGACUGAUAAGAGAGGUGGGGUUAUAGUGGCUAGUGAAGCAAAGCAGCAGCAGCAGCAGCAACAACAACAACAGGCACCUGAAAAGAAGGUUAAGAGUGUCAAUUUCAAUAUGCCUCCAACAAGGGUCGUGCUGCUUAGGAAUAUGGUUGGUCCUGGCGAGGUUGAUGAUGACCUAGAAGGUGAGGUGGCUGAAGAGUGCUCUAAAUUUGGUACUGUAACUCGUGUCUUAAUUUUUGAGAUAACAGAAACGAAUUUCCCUCAUGAAGAAGCUGUUCGGAUCUUCAUUCAAUUUGAGAGAGCAGAACAUGCAACUAAAGCCCUUAUAGAACUUGAAGGUCGAUUUUUUGGCGGUAGGAUUGUUCAUGCCUGUUUCUAUGACGAGGAGAGGUUCGGCAAUAAUGAAUUAGCUCCCAUGCCAGGAGAAAUUCCUGGCUUUUGACCAAACAGUUAUGGUCCAAAACGUAAGUUCUCUUUAUUUUUUCACUGGAACUGUAAUUUUGCAAGCUUGCUUAGUGUCUUUAAAGUGAAAGGCCUUACGUUAUACGUCUCCUUGUCUCUAUCGUCUCAAGUUUACACAAAGCUAUGUAUCGAAAAACUUGCCAUUAUUACUCUGAGGAACUUGGUUUGGGUCCUUAGUUUUCGUUGUAAUGCAAGAUAUUAGGGAAUUAUCGUUUUACCGUUGGUUCAUUAUUGUCUAUCUUUCACAUA